CAAACGCCACCACAAGACGAGCCUGACCGUCUAAAGAGACCCGUUGAAGCCAACAAGCUGGAUGCCGGUGGACAGACAUGGAGACUUCCCGCACUUGGGGGCCAGUUUGACCCAGUUGUGAGUCCACCAAGAUAACACCCACUUUUAACUUGAAGCGGCGAGAUGGAGCAAGCGCCGAGCCCUCCUCCUAAACCUGCCCAGCAUGAACCUAUCAGCUUCGGCAUCGACCAGAUCCUAGGAGCCGGUACAGAGCCUGCGGAGAACGGAGCAGGAAGACAACGUGAUGUCAGCAGCGGAGAUGGUUACUACAGCUUAGGGAGUCCGACCCGGACCAGCACGCCUUCCUACACGGCUCUGUCCAUCUCCUUCUCCGGCAUCGUGCCCCCGGUCGAGGCGUCUGGUUCAUACGGGGAGAGCAGGAGUGUGGGCAGCCGAGGAGUGAUUCGAGUGCCGGCCCACAGACCCGUGACAGCCACUGGACCCACGGCCCCGGUACAGAGCACCGUGCCGGGGUUUGGAGGGCUCUGUUUCCCCUGGAUAGGGAACCGGUUCGCUAAGGACAGGAUAUCAGCGGCUCUGGUGCCAUUCUCGGUCACAAGGCGGAUAGGGCACCCGUACCAGAACCGGACACCCCCCAAAAGGAAAAAGCCCCGCACGUCCUUCUCCAGGGUGCAGAUCUGCGAGCUGGAGAAGAGAUUCCACCGCCAGAAGUACCUGGCCAGCGCCGAGAGGGCCGCGCUGGCCAAGAGCCUCAAAAUGACCGACGCCCAGGUCAAAACCUGGUUCCAGAACCGCAGAACAAAGUGGAGGAGGCAGACCGCCGAGGAGCGAGAGGCGGAGCGCCAGCAAGCCAAUCGGCUCAUCCUGCAGCUGCAGCAGUCCGCCCUGCAGAAGUCCCUGGGCGAAUCAGCCGUGUCCGACCCACUGUGCGCACACAACUCCUCCCUCUACGCCCUGCAGAACCUGCAGCCCUGGGCCGAGGACAGGGAGUAGGGACACCAGGCUCCGAUCGAUGGGCGUCAUCUGUUCUUCCCAUUUAGAGGCAUCACGUGAGGACAGUAAAUCUGGGAUUGAUGAAUAUGGGGAUUAAAGUUUUGCAACUGGAGACUGGAUGAAGGACAUUUGAGUGGAGAGUUGUGACAUGAGUGGACCUUGCACAUUUUUUUGGUGAGUGGCAUCACUUUUGAGGCGAGCUUGGACUUCAUUUUUCAUCUGUGAGACUUUUUCAUGUAAAAAAACGAACGGCUCAAAAUGUCUAAUCACAUAUGAAUGUCUUCCUAUCUGCUUGUAUUGGUCCUGUUUAGUAUCAAAUUAAAGGGAGAUUAAGUGAAACCAGCCCACAGGGUCUGCACAUGAUAGGCGUUCCUCCUGAUGCAAUAGCUCAGGGGUGUCCAAAGUGCGGCCCGGGGGCCAUUUGCUGCCCGUGGCUGGUUUUUCAUUGGCCAUUCUAAAAAUAUAAUUUAACAAAAAAGCUGAAAAAGAAACAACUGCAAAAAUGAAAAAGUCAGCAGUAAUUUUACAAGAAUAAAGUCAAAAUAUUAAGAGAAAAAAGCUGUAACCUAACAAGAAAAAUAUAUUUAAAAAAAAACAGAAAAAGGUCAUACUAAUGAGGGGGAAAUUACAUCAUUUUAAUAGCAUAAAGUUGGAAUAUUGAAAAAAAAGUCACGAUAUAAGAAACAAACGUCGAAAUAUUAAAGUAAAACGUUUUUUAAAAAAUAGUCAUGAUAUAAGAAACAAACAAAACAAUGAGUAAGUUAAAAAUAGAUUGCGAAUAAAGUAAUAAUGAUACAAGAAUAAAGUCAAAAUAUCACAGGAAUUACAAGAAGAAAAUAUACAAGAAGAAAGCUCAAAUAGUUGGAAAAUCAUUUCAAAAAACAGGAGAAAUGGGGAAAGAAAUUCACAGAACAAAGUCAAAAUAUUAAAAGAAAAAAGGCGUAUUCUAACAAAAAAAGUCUUAGUUUUAUGAGAGUAAAGCUGUAAUAUUAUGAGGAAAAAAUAAUGUCAUUUUAGUAGCAAAAAGCUGAAAUAUUACUGUAAUAUAUUAUUACUGCAAUAAGUCGCAAUAUUAUGAGAAACAAACAAAAACAUUAGUAAAGUUGUAAUUUUUGGAAAAUUAGUUAGCGGAAAAAGUUUGAAUGUUAAAAAAAUAAAGUCCAAAUAUUACGGGAAAAAAUUGCGAUUGGCUGGCGACCAGUCCAGAGUGUAUGCCGCCUCCCACCCGAAGACAGCUGGGAUCGGCUCCAGCACACCCGUGACCCUAGUGAGGACAGGUGGUAUAAAAUAUGGACGGAUGGAGUAUGGGAAUAAACUCAUAAUUACAAGAACAUUUACAAGGAGAGAAGUAAAAUAGUUGGGGGAAAACAGCUGUAGUUUUACAAGAAUAAAGGCCAAAUAUGAAGAGAAAAAAGAAAAGAAAUUCUAACAAAAAAAAGUUGUAAUUUUACUAGAAUAAACUUGCAAUAUGAGACAAAGUAAUAUCAUUUUUGUAGCAUAGAGGUGAAAUAUUUACAUUUUUUUUAUUUUUUUCAGAGUUGUUUUAAAACAAACAAAACAAAAUAAUGUUGUAAUAUGUGGAAAAUCAUGUUGGGGAAAAAAUGAUAAUAGGAUGGGAAUAAAGUCAUAAUCUUAUGGCAAUAAAGUCCUAACAUUACGAAAAGGAAAACAAGAGCAAAGAGAGGAGUUCAAACUAAUAAUAGGCUUUUUCACUUACAUCACAACACUGAGAUGCAGCUUUUUCUUGAACUAUAUUUCGCUUCUCAGCAUAUCUACAUGUGUUGCUUCACAAAAUAUCAAAGUUGCAUCCUUUUCACUUUUCAGUAUGUGGCCCUCGUUGGAAAAAGUUUGGACACCCCUGCAAUAGCUUAUCUCAUUCCUUGACUUUGGCUCACUUAUUUACAAAGUUAAAUAAGACGGAGGCCUGCAUGUCCUGCUAAAUCAAAUAUCUGUAAUCAUUCUGGCGCUGACAACCUCCCCAGAGCUGCUGUCUAUCCGGAUUUAUCCCAUUUAUUUACAGUGCACUGACACAAUCACGUGUACAUAUGAGGUUUAGUGCACUCAACAUGUUCUAAAGCAAGAAAAGAGGCUGUAAGCUGAUUAGUAAAGGGGCCGAUGCAUGUUCAGUAAUGGCGGUUAUAUUAUUCGUGGGCCAUAUUAAGAUAAGUGUCUUUUUUUGUACUUUUCUUGUGUGAAUAACAAGGUUUUGUGACCACAUUGUUGAAGGUUUCAUUGAUGCAUACAAAAAAUAUCCAGUAAGGUGGCAAUCAUUUCUUAAAAAGUUUAUUGAUAAAUAUAUCCAUUUUUAUACAACAAUUCAAAGCACACAAGUUUAUUGGGACAGUUUUAUGCUGUCUCACCAGUCUGUGCCCCUGCCUGGAUGUAUGUGGAUGUACAAGAGAAUUUAGUAGGGUUUGUACCAAAACCAGUGUAAUUGGUAGAAAACUGACAUUUUAAAAUGAUGACUAUCAAUAUGGAUUAAUAACUUCUUUGAAAUUUGUAAAAUGGAGUUUUUGUGCAUUUCAGCUUAGGAUGUCCGCCAUUUUGCUGGAAAAUAGUCCACUUUUCGUCUGGUUUCUUUCUUCAAUUCUUAUGAGAAUACAGUAUACAGUGUUCCUUUUGAGGCUGUAAACGCCUCACCCUCCACUUUAUACACUUUCCUCAGACAGGCAUUAACAUUUCUCUCUUGUUUAAACACUCUCAAAGAAGUUCAAACCUUCAUUUGAAUUUGAAUGAUCAAUCUACUAGGUUGAACACAAGAAAUAAUGAAGUGACUCACGCACAUUUCACUCCUCUGACCGAGCCUCUUUGUCCUGGCGCCGUUCGGCUGUUGUGUUUUUGUAUCCUUGUUAAAACAUGUUGCUCCCGUUGUCGUAUUUUCCUCACGCACGGUUAGCUUCUUCUGUUUCUUCCAUUGUUUACUUUAUUCGCGGUAUUGGUCUCACACGGUUAGCUAGUUUGGAAGCCAUAACCACAACAGGUGACGGCACAAGAAGAUUGAUUGACAGUGGUCUGCAGCCAAUCAGGACGCAGAAGACAAUGGGCGUGGCAGACAGAAGAGAGAGAAUAGAGAGAGACACAGCUACCUGUGCUCAGGCACAGAACUACAACACUCAACUUCCCACAAUGCAAUUCUUAAAGGGCCAGGCUUGGCCUGUAACAGCGUUCAUAUGCUGUAAAAAAAAAAAAAAAAAAGCACUAAAAUUGUAUUAAAAAAUUUGCAAACCAGCCAGUCCGUGAAAGGCAGUGGUGGCCAGGAAUGGCCCUUGGUCACUCUCCGGCCACCCCCACAGCUGAGGGACAAUUUUGACAAACGUGGCUCUGUGGUGCAGAAUAUUAGUUCAGCCUACUUCCCGUGUGGAGGAGCUGUCAAUAAAAGCGCGUCUUGCAUGAACUGCAAGCAGUAGGUAAGUUUUCCAUGAUUACUUUGGUCGCUCUCCAGCCCCCCACUGGCCAUCUAGACAAUUCAGGUGUCAAUUUCUUGGCACCCCUGUGUGAGUACUGGUCUCACCUUGGCCACCCCAAUGAAGAAUGUCUGGCUCGCCACUGGUGGGAAGUGACCCGCGAUGGAGCGAUGGAGCGAUGGAACACUGUACACUGUUACAGCAGGAGAAGAAUGUCUAGUCUUCAUCACCAGGGCUUUUCAGAGUAUGAGGCGGGCUCAGAAGAUCUCAGGGGAAGUGAGCAAAAUAAAGAAAAAAACAUUACAUUCCUAAAACCCCUAAGGGAAAAAUAGAUUUUUAGUUCCUAUAGUGAGUUGAAAACACAAAACAAGCCCCAGAAAAGACUUGUUUGGGGGGGCAGGGGAGGCCCCAACCCUUCUAUAUUCUCCUCUCUUCUAAACAAUGACUUGACACCAGAAGAAGUCCCACAGCCCAGCCAUUUGGCUUUUCUACUUUUCAUGCCCAAAGGACAGCAAGAGGCUGGAUUAGUUUUGAACUGAUAUCCUAACAUAUUCAGAGAAUCACUCAUCAUCUGUGAACCACCAGCCUGGCAGGUAAUGGCUGCGUUUACAAAAGAAAAGUGGGUCAUUGUCGGCCAUUGACUUGUUCAUUUGAAACCACACAGCCUCGAGGCCGUCCUCUGGGCUUGGGAGCAGGAGGAAGAAAACCCUCGGACUUCUAUUCAACGACAUGGCUUCAAAAUCAGCUUUUUCUCCCCUCAAAAAAAUUCACACAUCCUCCCGCACGGCUGUCGCUCCCUCACAGUGAGAGUUUAGGUCAAACGACGUGACAUGUUCCUUCAACGCGAGAACAACAAACGUCGCCUUUUUUUUAUAGUCAGGCAAAGAGAACAUUCACAUUAUAGGACACACAUGCACGACAUUGCUCUGCAAAACCUUCUCUCCAAUGUAAAUGCCAGGUAGAAUAAUUCCAAGUACACUGAAUUACAAAGACAGACAAGCAGCCAUGACGCCUGCUGGAAAUAGAAGCAACAAAUACGGUUCUUUAAAUACCUAACAGUUCUUACAACAUUGACACCAGUGGAACAAAUCUGGACAACUUUGGAGGGAUUCUGUCACAAGAUGGCUCUGCAGCUGAAAUCGGGUGACCUUUAACCCCUCGGUAUAUUGCUGCUUCUUUUUAUGGCACACACGUUUGACACACAGAUCCUCCCUUCUUGCAUGCGUUACAGAAUAUUGCUCAUGUUUGUCGGCCUAACAAAGAGAUUCACACUGAGCACGGUUAUUGAUGUAAGCCACUUCAAGUGGUGGAAAGUCAACCAAAAGUGAAUAUUUACACACCAGACAUACAAGGAAAGUCACAGAGAGGCAGGACACAGCCGGAUUUGGUCGUCGUGGUUUAGCAAAACACCUUCCAAAUAGUUUAGCGGCGGCGAGUCGCUUCUUCUUUUCAAAGUGAGUUUGUAGUCAUUUCCUCUCUCUUGUGUGGACUAGAUGACAUUUUCA